AUGCCCCCCAAAGCAGCCGGACGCGGCGCUGCAAGAAGGCCAGCGCUCGCUGGCUCUACAGAAGAUACCGCCAAUACAGCGUCGUCGUCGUCGUCGUCUACAGCACCCUCCGCACGACCCCCCGUCCAACGCCUACAGUCUCUGAAUAGACGCACGCCAGGAGGAAGUAUAGGACCCAGAGGAGGAUCGCUCUCCCGCGGCGAGUUAGGAGGACCAACCAAACCGGCCCUAAAAUUUGCACCACGAUCCGCCAAUCGACGUGCCAAAGAGGAGCGAGAUGCCUUAAUAGAAUUAGAAGCAGAGAGGAACCGACAGCGGUUAUCAGAAGCAGAAGCAAUACAACGAGCACGGCUCGGAAAUGCUCCCAGGGCACGGGGUAGAGGGGGGCGAGGUGGGGUGAUGUUUGGUGGUCCGGGAGGCUUCAAACGAGGCCGUGGUGGCCGAUUUGAGAAUGAUUCACGCUCCUCGCCAGCUUUGCGACAUACUCUUUCCCGCUCACACACACCAGCACAUUGGCGAUCAAACAACAAUGGUGGCUAUUCCUCGGACGAGAAUGAGCAAGCUUCAGCCCUCCGGAUCAGUAUUGAUGAAAUCAAUCUGGACGAUAGUAGUGAAGACGAAGAAGAUUCAAAAGAUGCAAAGGGCAAAAAGGCCGUUAAGAAACUGGCUAUACCUCUUCGAGGCCCCAGGCCUAUUCGAGUGGAACGUCAUGAACAUGAAGAACGAAUCGUCAGUGUCGAUGUUGACGCCAGUACUAGUAUUGCAGCUGAACCGAGUCGCAAGACACUAGAAGAGGAGGAGUCGGACAAUGAAUUAUUCAUUAGUGAAGACCCUGCCACUCCGAAGGUCAAGCGGGAGCCUACAGAUGGCGAUUUGGUUAUGGCGGAUGUACCGCAUGCCGAGGAUCUCGAUGAGACGCCUCUCCCUGCGCAGCGCGUGAAGGCACGAAAGAGCGUAGUCGUUAAAGAUCCUCGAAGCCUGCUACGAACAAAAGAAGAGAUUGAAGAGUUUGACCGUCAUAAUGAAGACCUCGAGACUUUGAAGGAUAUCUUGACACCUGAUGAGCCAGUUACAGUGGAGAAACAAGCCACGACUACAGAGGGUGAAUGCAAAGGAGAUGGCGGAAAAGCAGAGGAGGAAGUAAAAGAAGAAGAGACUGUCGACAAAAACGCCGGCCGCUUAUACCUAAUUCAAUUCCCACCCUUGACGCCUAAUCUGACUGUGCCCGGUGAAGCAGAGCCUCUUGAAGUACAAGACAACGUGGCUACAGAAGAUGUCACGGUGGUACAGGAGAAUCCUACACAAGGCCUAGGCGAUAUUGAGGUGAAGAGGGAAGAAGACCAAGAAGAAAAGGUGAACGUCGCAAAGAAACCAGCAGGAAAACUUGUGACUGCGACUCAGCGCCAACUGCCGGCCGGGCGGGUCGGACGACUGCAUCUCCACAAGUCAGGCCGUGUCACCUUGGAUUGGGGUGGGAUUUCAUUUGAGCUGGAUAAGGGCGCCAACGUCAAUUUUGUGCAGGAAGCGGUCAUUGCAUCUACACCGUCGACCAUGGGGGCUGGCGAGGAGGAUACCGGAGAGAGAAGCGUGUGGUCUAUGGGACAGCUCAGCGAGAAAUUUGUUGCAAGUCCUGAGUGGAACAAGCUUACAAAAGAAGACUUUUUUUCUCUCGACGUCAUCCAAUUCCAGCUAUCCUUGCUGCAUUCGGCUUAG